UUAUAAUUAAACAUCCAUGGCUGAUGAAGGUCAUUAAUGAUGAUUGAUACAUAGAGAUUUCUGUAUGAGGUUGGCUAUGAAUUUGAUGGCUCUAAAUGAUAAUUGCUAUUACAUAAUUCAAGGAUUAAUCAUGGCAUUGCAUUUGGUGAAUAGCAAAUAGUAAUUUGAUUCGGCAAAUCAGACAAGCCACAAUACAUUCUCCUCCGAAAUCUCUUGACUAUUUGUGCAGAAUGGUAUUACUUUCAGAAGCCGUUCUUCCUUAUUUAAAUCUUGUGCAGAUUUUUGGAAUUUAUAUUGGUAAAAAGAGAAACAAAUUCUGGUUUUCUUUAAUAAUCAUUCAAUUAUACUUCAUUUUCAUGAUAAUGAUUUUAGUAUUUUUUCCGGAAGAAAUACUACCGAAGAGUUUACAACUCUCUGGCAUUUUACAACUUUGUAAGAUACCAGAGUUCUGGAAUAUAGUAGGAAGAGAUUUAAGAUACAUUGUAUGUUUCUGUAUUUGCAUUCCAAUAAUAUACGUAUAUUUUUAUAACAGAAAUAGUUCUUAUAUGAUAAAGGCCAUCAGUAUUAUUGAAAAAGAUUUAGAUCACAGCGUAAAUCUAUCAAUUAACGUGCUAUAUGUUCAAGAUUUCAUCGUUUUGUUCUUCAGCUUUCUUACUUUUUGCAUAAUGUUUAUUAUAAAUGCUAUUUAUAUUUCUCACAGAAAUUAUCAUCAAAAUAAUACAUCGUUUCCACAAGAACUUUUCUGUAACGUCCACUACGUCAUAGGAGGUUUAAUUAUCUGUUGUAUAAUAUGCUAUGGAGUUGGACUUCUUUGGCUUAAUAAUUACAUCUGCAAUGUUCACGCGAAGUCAUUUAUUUUAUAUUUGAAAAAACAAUUAGAUGAGAAAUCUGAUGUAGACAUGGCAACAGUACUCAUGAAAACGUCAAGUAUUUGUUACUCUAUUAACAUAAUAAACAAAUUCUGUGACGAACUUCAAACACUUUUUAUUAUAAUUGCCAUUCCUUUGGCAAGUAUUGCAGCAAUAUAUGUAUCAUAUACCAUAGCUCUUUCUUCAGAAUUAUUUAUACUGUUAUGCGUAAUAAUUAGCUUUUUAAUAAUGUUUAUAGCAUACGCGUUAUUCUUAUCAAAAGUUCCUUCUCUGAUUGAGCAAGCUUCCUUUUGCAUUAUGGACUUUUAUUUCAGAAACGAAAGUAAUUACAGCUCGUUGAUUUUGUUGUACGUCAUUAAGCGUGAUAUCGGAUACAAGAGCAAGAACUUCUUCUUCUUCAACAAGAAAAGUUUUAUGAGUGUAAGCAAAUUUCAUGGUAAUUCUUAUAAAUAAUAUGUUAACGUUCGGUAAAAAAUGAAAAAUCCUCUUCUAUAUUUAUUAUGAAAGAUCUUUUUCAUUUUUGACUCUCUUUUUGUGGGCAUUAAGUAUCUUUUUUCCAUGUUCAUCGUGAGUUCGGCCGGCUGUUUUAUUACCGGGCAUUAGCCGGGUGUAAUAAAAAUUCCCAACGGACUAGCGAGUAGAAUUUUCCUGGUUCUCUUCACCUGUUAGGACCAGUUUUCCAUAAAAAGUCAUUUCUGGAGGCAUCCUUCAGUUGGCAGAUCGUCCAGGGUUGCGUUGACGUAUCCCAUUAAACCCAAACUAAAGCAGUGUUUCGGUACUUUGUGCACUAUGCCGUAGAAUACACUUAACUACCCUGGUACUGCACUCGCACUACUGGAGCCUGCUGCAUUAUUCAUUGACUGUACAAUAACGUUGACUUGUGAAAUGGUAGAUUUACGAUCGUAUUCAUUCUGGCAAGAUAGAAACAAUGAAAUGUAACAGUUUAUACUUAGAAUUUGUCUGCAACAGAUAAUUACACAAAAGCUUACAUGCAUAUACUUUUUCGUUGCUUACAGAAGCAAAGAUACCAUAUGAUGAGCUUUGGUACUUUUUUUGAGUAGAAAAUGUCUUCAGUUUGUUUGUUUAUUAAGUUACCGCAACGCAACACUUGCCUAGAAGGAAUGCCUUCCGGAAGGUCAUCUUAAGGGAAACUGGCUCCUAUUCAGGCGUUACAGACGUGGAGAAAACCCGGAAAACUUCACGUGGCCAGGCGCGAAUCCACGACCGAAUUCCCAGUGUUCGGGGAACGAAACCGCUUGGUAACUGGUGGGCCGAAAAUAUCUUCAGUGUGUCUUGGAAUUUCAUCAUGGCAAAUAUGUCUACAUUUAAAUUGCAAAGUAUCUCUCCAGAAAGCGUUGAACAAGGUACAGUCGACCCCCCUAUAACACUGUUGAUU